CUCCUCGUUUAGGCCUGCCCCGCCACCACUCAAACAAAAAGAAAUAUCUGAAUCUGACACAGUUGGCCGCUAGGAAGAUACCGGCGAGUGGGUGGAGGACACUCUGAGCGUCUGAAAACCUAGUCUUUUGAAGUUUUGUUCCGGUUCUGUUGCUUCUGGCUUUGAAUCGGAGGUCGAGAACUGAACUCUGAUUGUUGUCGAUGAUGGGGACGUCGGUCGGAGCUGCCAAUGCUGUUGUGUCGAAGGAGCCGAAGCUUCAGAUUCAGAAGUUUAAUGGUUUGAGAUCGUCAGGGUCGGUUCCGUUGAGUAGAUGCGUCCGUGUCAUUCCGGUUUCGUCGUCCAAGUCUUCUCUCAUAACCGCUGUUUCGACGCCAAUAAAGCCAGACGCCUCCUCCAAGGAGGCUAAGCGUAGCAAGGUUGAAAUAAUCAAAGAACAAAGUAAUUUCUUGAGAUACCCUCUGAAUGAAGAGCUACUAUCGGAAGCCCCCAACAUAAAUGAAGCUGCCACACAAUUGAUCAAGUUUCAUGGAAGCUAUCAGCAGUAUAACAGGGAUGAACGUGGUGUGAAGUCCUACCAAUUUAUGCUCCGAACAAAGAAUCCUUGUGGUAAAGUCCCAAACAAGCUGUACUUGGUCAUGGAUGAUCUGGCUGACCAGUUUGGAAUUGGAACUCUUCGUCUGACAACCCGACAAACAUUCCAGUUACAUGGUAUUCUGAAGAAGGACCUGAAGACAGUAAUGAGUACUAUAAUCAGAAACAUGGGCUCAACUCUUGGUGCAUGUGGUGACCUGAACAGAAAUGUUCUUGCUCCUGCAGCACCUUUUGCAAGAAAAGAUUAUUUGUUUGCACAGGAGACUGCAGAAAACAUUGCUGCACUUCUAACUCCUCAGUCAGGUUUUUACUAUGACAUGUGGGUUGAUGGAGAGAAAAUGAUGUCAGCAGAGCCUCCUGAGGUAGUGAAGGCCCGUAAUGACAAUUCCCAUGGAACUAAUUUCCCUGAUUCUCCGGAGCCAAUAUAUGGUACUCAAUUUUUGCCUAGGAAGUUCAAAAUUGCAGUCACUGUGCCUACAGACAACUCAAUAGACAUUCUUACUAACGAUAUUGGAAUUGUUGUGGUUACUGAUGCUGAUGGGAAGCCCCAAGGAUUCAAUAUUUAUGUUGGAGGCGGGAUGGGAAGAACUCAUAGGUUGGAGACCACAUUCCCCCGUCUGGGAGAGCCACUGGGCUAUGUACCAAAGGAGGAUAUAUUAUAUGCUGUUAAAGCAAUUGUUGUCACACAGAGAGAAAAUGGGAGAAGAGAUGACCGGAAAUAUAGUAGAAUGAAGUAUCUAAUCAGUUCAUGGGGGAUUGAGAAGUUCAGAAGUGUUGUUGAACAAUACUAUGGAAAGAAAUUUGAGCCCUUCAGAGAACUACCAGAAUGGCAGUUCAAGAGCUAUUUGGGAUGGCACGAACAGGGUGAUGGUGGUCUAUUUUGUGGGCUUCAUGUUGAUAAUGGGCGUAUUAAGGGAAACAUGAAGAAGACUUUAAGGGAGGUGAUUGAGAAGUAUAAUUUGGAUGUGCGCAUCACACCAAACCAGAACAUUGUCUUGUGUAACAUUCACCCUGAUUGGAGGGAUUCUAUCACCGCAGCUCUUGACCAAGCUGGAUUCCUGGAUCCUAGGUAUGUAGAUCCCCUCAAUUUGACUGCAAUGGCUUGCCCAGCAUUACCACUUUGCCCAUUGGCAAUAACUGAAGCUGAGCGGGGGAUACCCGAUAUUCUUAAGCGAGUACGAGCUGUAUUUAAUAAGGUUGGUCUCAAGGACAAUGAAUCAGUAGUUAUUAGGGCAACUGGAUGCCCCAAUGGAUGUGCCAGGCCCUACAUGGCUGAGCUUGGACUCGUGGGUGAUGGACCCAACAGCUAUCAGGUAUGGCUUGGGGGCACACCCAAUCAAACAUCACUAGCGAAAUGCUUCAUGGACAAGGUGAAGGUCCAUGACCUGGAGAAGGUUUUAGAACCAUUAUUUUACAAUUGGAAACACAAACGACAGGCAGAAGAAUCAUUCGGCAACUUCACAAUCCGUAUGGGAUUUGAGAAACUCAAGGAGAUAAUUGAAAAGUGGGAAGGUCCUGCUGAGAAACACCAACUCAAUUCAACGUAAAGCUUUGUGGCUGAUAAGGAGACAUACGAAUGACUCCCUCUCUCUCAAUGAAGGCUUUUUAUAAUAUCCGAGAUACAGAUGAUAAAGCUAGUUUUUAUAGUUUUUUCUUUUCAGAAUCGUAGCAGAGUUUUCAGUUAGUAGAUCUCCAGAGUUUGUUCCGUUCUUAUAUCAAAAUUACAAAAACCGAGGCCUUUCCCUCUAGGGUCUUAGUAGAUGUCAUUCCCUUGGUUUUAAGGGUUUCUGGAAGAGAAUUUUCUUAUAAUAGCCAUGGCUGGGUUCGAUUUUGUAGACCGGAUUCCAUGGAGGCAUUUACAUUUCUUGAAAACAGUUCAAGUCCAAGUUGAACAUCUCGUUCCAAUGGAUUUGCCAGCGACCUUCUAAUCGAACAUCUCGUUCCAGAGGAUUUAAUGGUUGGCCAAUGAUACAGCAGAUUUGUCAUCAAGAAUGGUGCAAGGGCAUGAAGUAAUAAAUUAUAACUCAGGGCCUUAUCGCCUUAUUGUCCUAUGCAACUAUGUAGUUUUAGACUGAAUGUUUCAAGCAUGUUUCUGAGCGUGAAGUAAUAAAUUAUGAUUCAGGGCCUCGUUGUCCUAUGCAACUCUGUAUAUUUACUGUUUUAGAAUUAGAAUUGAUGUUUUAAGCA